AUGUUGGAAGUUGCGGAGCAAGAACUAGCAACGGCUCGGGACCGGUCUCUAGCCGCCGAGGUCGAGGCGCAGCGCGUUGCGGAACGAGCGAUUGAGCUGAAAGACGCGGCUGUUGCGGCGGAGAACGCGGUGGAUGAGGUGCUGCGUGACGUGGAAGCUGAGCUGGCUGUCGAAGUGGCAGCGCAAAAGGCGCUGAACGCUGCUGAUGCGGCGUUUGUUGCGCAAGAGGUGGCGGCGACGGCGGCGGAAGCUGAAUUGCGCGCAGCGCUGCUAGAGUUCGUCAAUAGAGAGGGCGAAGCGGGAAGGUCAGAGGAGGAAGGCGGCCUGGGGGGCGCGGAUCCGGGAACAGGCGCUGCGGGGAAGCCUUCUGCGGAAAAAGUUACCGCGGAAAGGGUAGACGCGCUGAAGGCGUCGGUGAAAGAGGCGCAGGAGUUGCUGCAGGCGCGCAGGGAGGAGCUGCGCACGCGGCGGGAGGCGCUGACGCAGGUGCUUGCGCGCAAGGAGCGGUUGCUGCAGCUGGCUGCGGAGCGGGCGGAGCGCGCGGGGGAGGCCCGGAGGUUGGCGCAGGAGGCGGAGGAGCGCGCGGCUGCGAGCAUGGCGGCGGCAGAAGAGGCGGUGGCGGGGGAGGUGGAGGCGAAUAGGCGAGUGUCGGACGCGAGCAAGGCAAUCAGCCGGGCGGAGAAGCUGAGCAAAGAUAUUGCCAAGGCAAGGGAGAAGGCGGCGCUGCUGACGGUAGAGAAGGAGGCGCUGCUGGCCAAUGAAGUGGCUCGGGCGUCUGCUGCGCUGGCAUCUACAAGUGGUGGUGGGGAGUCGGGGAAGGAAGGAGGGGAGGCAGUGCCUGCUGCUGCGAGCAACGGUGGGGUGACGAGUGCAGGUAGCAGUACCGCGACUGCUGCUGCUGGGCCUGUGGGAAAAGUCCCAGGGGAAGGGAAUGGGGUGGCACGUGUCAGCCUGGAAUUGGACAAGGCAGGGGCGGUGGAGAUAGAUGGGGGAGAGAGCGCCCUCCCCCGCGCGCUCGCCUCCCUCAGAAGGCACCUCCCAAAGGCCGUGGUGGCGUUUGUCGUUUUGCUGCUGGGGUGCGUGGCGCUGAACGCGCGCAUGGAGAAGCGGGCGGCGCAGAGAGGACAGCACGUGCCGCCCGUGACGAUGGCUGUUAUGGAGGUGGAGCAGAAGGCGGUGCGGCCGCUAGUGGCGGAGGUGCAGCGGGUGGGCAUGAGGGUGAGGGAGAUGGUGGAGAAAAUGCCCAAGCAUGAGCCCAACGAGGAGGAGGCGUCGCUGUAUGAUGUGCUCUGGCUGCUGCUCGCUAGCGUCGUGUUCGUCCCCGCAUUCCAGAAGCUGCCUGGAGGCAGCCCCGUGCUGGGCUAUCUAGCAGCGGGCGCCCUGAUCGGGCCGUACGCGCUGUCAAUCAUAAAGCACGUGCACGGCACCAAGGCACUUGCAGAGUUCGGAGUGGUCUUCCUCAUGUUCAACAUCGGCCUCGAGCUGUCGCUGGAGCGACUCAACUCCAUGCGCAAAUACGUCUUUGGCCUUGGCUCUGCUCAGGUGUUGGUGACGGCAGUGGUGGUGGGAGUGAGUGUGGCGCUGCUAGCAUCGGUGUCAGGCCCGGCUGCUCUCGUCAUUGGCAGCGGCCUCGCCCUCUCUUCUACUGCUGUCGUGCUCCAGGUGCUGCAAGAGAGGGGGGAGAGCACGUCUCGCCACGGCCGUGCGACCUUCUCAGUCCUUCUCUUCCAGGAUCUCGCAGUGGUCGUGCUGCUCAUCCUCAUCCCUCUCCUCGCACCCUCCCCGUCUUCUGCUGAUGGGUCCGUGGGUCUGGCAGCCAUAGCGAAGGCGCUGGGCCUGGCAGCGAUGAAGGCUGUGGUCGCCAUUGCAGGCAUCUUUGCGGGCGGCAGACUGCUACUGCGCCCCAUAUACCGCAGCAUGGCGGAGAAUCACAACGCGGAGAUCUUUGCAGCCAACACGCUGCUCGUCGUUCUCGGCACCUCUGUGCUCACCGCACAGGCGGGCCUGUCAAUGGCCUUGGGAGCGUUCCUAGCGGGGCUGUUACUUGCGGAGACGGAGUUUGCGCUGCAGGUGGAGUCGGAUAUCAACCCCUACCGCGGGCUGCUGCUCGGGCUCUUCUUCAUGACUGUGGGAAUGUCAAUCGACCCCAAGCUUCUGAUCGCGCGCUUCCCCCUCAUCAUCGCAUCAAUAGCAGCGCUCAUCAUCGGCAAGACAGCACUCAUAACAGCCAUGGGGCGUUCCUUUGGGCUCUCCACCGUCGCUGCUGUGCGCACCGGCCUGCUACUUGCCCCCGGAGGGGAGUUCGCAUUUGUUGCGUUUGGGGAGGCCGUGCAGAAGGGCAUCAUGCCAGCGCAGCUCUCCUCGCUGCUCUUCCUAAUCGUCGGCAUCAGCAUGGCCAUCACGCCCUGGCUUGCCGGCUUCGGUCAGCUGCUAGCAGCGCGCUUCGACCAGCAGGAUGUGAGGAGCUUGGAGCCGCAGGAGACAGAGACGGACGACCUGCAGGGCCAUAUCAUCAUAUGUGGCUUCGGUCGUGUGGGGCAGAUCAUCGGCCAGCUGCUCUCAGAGCGCCUCAUCCCCUUCGUUGCCCUCGACGUCCGCACUGAGAGGGUGAGCGCAGGUCAGAGCCUUGACCUGCCAGUGUAUUUCGGCGACGCGGGCAGCAGGGACGUGCUGCACAAGGUGGGGGCGGAGCGGGCGGCGGCGGCCGUCAUUACUCUCGACACGCCCGGAGCGAACUACCGCGCGGUGUGGGCGCUGACGCGCAACUUCCCGCACAUCAAGACGUUUGUGCGCGCGCAUGACGUCGACCAUGGGAUUAAUCUCGAGAAGGCCGGAGCCACUGCGGUGGUGCCAGAGACGUUGGAGCCCAGCCUUCAGUUGGCAGCAGCCGUGCUCGCCCAGGCCAAGCUCCCGCCAGCGGAGAUUGCUGCCACGUUGGAUGACUUCAGAGUGCGACACCUGGCAGACCUCAACGAGACGUCCAUGGGCUUUGCAUCAUCAUAG